AUGCCAGGAGAGAAGGAAUGCGUUGCUGACAUGACAUUGAAUUUGGUUCAACCGAAAAAUAUACUUCCAACAUUGAAACGAAAAAGACCCAAAAAUAUAUCAAAUAUCAAGAAAGUGUAUAAUAUUCAGUAUCAAACUAACAAGGUGCUUAAGGGGGGCAAAACUAAAAUGCAACAACUCUUGAAAUUGUUGGAUUAUAACAGAUACGUGUUUAGGUACCGAACAUGCGAUGAUGUAGUUACUGUUAGAUAUAUAUUUCAGGGUCAUCCUGAUUUCAUAAAAUUGUUCAACAAGUUUGCUAUUGUGCUCAUACUUGAUUUAACCAACAAGACCAAUAAGUAUAGACUUCCAUUAUUGGAGAUUGUUGGUGUUACCUCAACUAAGAAGACAUAUUCUGUUGAGUUUGCAUUUUUUGAGUGUGAAAAAAAGGACAAUUUUACUUGGGCCUUAGAGGUGUGCCGGACACUGUUGAAGGACCAAGUGGAGAUGCCUGAUGACUUCUCAACAAGUGUACCGAUAAUGUCGCAGUAA